UAUCUGCCUGUGAAACAUGGACGAUUUACAGUGAUCAGGAAAGGAAGCUCAACAACUUUCACCUUCGCUGUUUGCGGCACAUCCUGGGCGUCUCAGGGACAGAAUCAGGAAUGCGGCAGUCCUCUCAAAGACAAAUCUCCCAAGUAUGCUGGCUGUCAUCAAGCAGAGGUGACUUCACUGGCUCGGUUUGGAGUUUCGAUGCCGCUGUUUUUACCCAAAGUUCCAUGCGAAACUGAAAGUGCCCUAUUCACCCUGCAGGAGCCUAGUGCGCAGGCGCAUUGCCCUGUCUCUGGAGCAUGCGCAGUGUCACUGAUCAGCGUCGUGCUUCAGACGGUUUGGAAUUCGUUGUUUGGAAUCAGGUGAACGCGGCCGGGUCUAAGGUAGGGAACGGAGCCGAUUGGUGGGGAGGAGAAGAAGCGGAGUCUUCAGAAACACCUUGCGUAGGCCGCAAGCCCCGAAUAAGAACCUAAAGCUCCCGCCUUUGUAGCUUUGGACUUUUCCCCGGAAACCGUCCCAGGUUAAUGCCGCCAUCUUAGUUCAGCGAGGUGCAGAGCGCAUGUGUGGCCAUUCUGGUGACGCACAAGAGUGGGCGGGGCUUCAGGGACCAGGAGAGUUUUGAUGCUGAAACAGAAACAAAAACUGAUGGAAAAACUCAGCAGAUCUGACAGAGCAUUCUGAAGCUGCCGUCUCCAGCAAGAGAUUUUAAAUAUGAAAACAGUGAAAUUGUUUCUGAAGGGUUUAGAAAGGGAGGAUUGUUGUCAAGAAACUCAAACCAACAUUAGGAUCUGAUGGAGUCGCCCAAUUUAUCGUAAUCUGAAUAGCAUAGACUCUUGCAGAUGGAAGGAAAAGGCACCGUUCUCAGUGGAGAGAAAUUGUACACGUGUUCUGUCUGUGGACGAGGCUUCAGCCGAUCAUCUGGCCUGUCGAAGCACAAACGCAGUCACAGUGGGGAGAAACCAUGUAAGUGUGGGGACUGUGGGAAGGGAUUCAAUCACCCAUCGGAGCUGGAAACUCAUCGACGCAGCCAUACUGGGGAGAGGCCGUUCACCUGCUCUAUAUGUGGGAAGGGCUUCACCCAGUCAUCCCACCUGCUGAGACACCAGCGGGUUCACACUGAGGAGAGACCUUUUAAAUGCCCAGACUGCGGGAAGUGCUAUAAAGGUUCCAGCGAUUUGAUGUCCCAUCAACGUGUUCACACUGAUGAGAGACCUUUUAAAUGCUCAGAUUGUGAGAAGUGUUAUAAAAGUUCUGGGGAACUGAUGCGUCAUCAACGUGUUCACACUGACGAGAGACCUUUUAAAUGCCUAGAUUGCGGGAAGUGCUAUAAAAGUUCCAGCGAACUGAUGUCUCAUCAACGUGUUCACACUGAGGAGAGACCUUUUGAAUGCCUGGACUGUGGGAAGUGCUAUAAAAGUUCAGGAGAACUGAUGCACCAUCAACGUGUUCACACUGAUGAGAGACCAUUCAGGUGCUCUCACUGUGGGACUGGGUUCAGGAGAUCAUCUGGCCUCACUGAACACCAACGAAUUCACACUGGGGAGAGGCCAUUCACUUGCACGGAGUGCGGGAAGAGAUUCACUCAGUCAUCCACCCUGCUGAGACACCAGCAAGUUCACACUGAGGAGAGACCUUUUAAAUGCCCAGACUGUGGGAAGUGCUAUAAAAGUUCUGGGGAACUGAUGCUUCAUCAACGUGUUCACACUGAUGAGAGACCAUUCAGGUGCUCUCACUGUGGGACUGGGUUCAAGCAAUCAUCUCAACUCACAAAACACCAGCGAACUCACACUGGGGAGAGACCAUUCACCUGUACUGCAUGUGGGAAGGGAUUCACUCAGUCAAACACUCUACUGACACAUCAGCAAGUUCACAGUGAGGACAGACAAUUUAAAUGCCCAGACUGUGGGAAGUGCUAUAAAAGACCCGGGGAUAUCCCACCUCAUGACACACCAGCAAGUUCACACUGGGGAGAGGCCGUUCACCUUGAUCGUGUGUGGGAAAGGAUUCACUCAGCCAUCCACCCUGAUGAGACACCAGCAAGUUCACAAGUGACUCCAGGAGAUGGAUUUUGCUGUUAAUCACAUCCAGGACACAACCACAUUCAGUGGAGUCCUUUUUCUGCUGAUAUUAACAAACUCCAGCCUAGUUAUGGGUGUUAAUAUUAUGGAUAAAUUAGCUUUAUGUCAAA